AUGACAUGGGGCAGUCCCCUCAGCUCAAAGUCAAGUCAAGACAUGAAACUGAUGUCACAAGGAGUAAUCCUCUCAGUCAAAGUCAAUCCAAAACAUGGAACUCACAUGUCACAUGAGGCAUCUUCAAAUUCCCAAGGGGAAGUCAAGAUAUUCAAUGGGUCGUACUGUUACUCCAAAGCAAUGGGCGACGUCACAUCAUUCCUGAAGGAUGCUUUUAGCCUCAAAUGUGAUGAGGUAAUGAAUAUUUCAAAACCAGCAAUCCAAGUUCGAGGCUAG